AUGUCGAGCACGAGCUCUUCGACCUUGGACACCAACUUCACCAAGGACUCGUACAUACCAGUAUUUGAUGGAAACCCUAGCUCAUACCAAGAAUCGCGCAAACGGAUCAGCAUAUACCAUUUGAAGAUGAAACUGCAGAAACGUUCAGUAGAAGCGGUUUUGAAUCUGAUCGGUUCACUGCAAGGGACGGCUUGGAAGUUUGUUGAAAGUUUUGAUGUGACCAAGAUUGACGAAGAGAAGUCGUUCGAUAAUGUGAUCUCCAUUCUUGAUGCAGCUUUCAAAUAUGAUGCCAGAGUUCGCAUGUCCCAAGACUUUGAUGCCUAUUUCAACUUGUCACGACGGCCAGGUACCACUCUGUUGAACUUUGUCACAGAGCAUGAGGAGCAGCACCAGCUUGUCCUUUCCCAGGCUCCGAAGCUUGAGAAACUCAGGGUCCAAGAAGCGCUGUUUGUGAUUCUUGGACAGGACUACAAACAAGCUGUGAGCCAAGAUCGACCACAACAUCGAUUCCCUGGCAAGCCUUUCCACCGUGGAAAGGCCUAUGCUGCUCAGGAUGAUCAAGACUUUGAUGAGCCUGAGGUCCUCGAAGAGGCCUACUAUGAGUAUGAUGAGAACUACGAAGGUGAUGACCCUAGCUGGAUCGGUGAUGAGUCAUUUGAUGGCGAUGCAGCCUACUUCCAUGAGGAUGACGACGCCUUUGAGGGUUCUGAGCUUGGCGACAACUUUGACGUUGAAUCGUAUGACAUGGCGUAUGCUGCAUAUCUUGAUGGCGUAUGUUUUCUUCCAGUCGUUGCUCUGAUUGACCAAGGAGCAGCUUCGCCUACGAGCACUGGAUCCAACUCUCCCUCCAAGGGAAAGGGCUAUGGCAAGAAAGGCGGAAAGGGCAAGGGCAAGGCUCGAAGCUCUACCACUGUUCGACAUCCACCUCGUGGCGAUCGACGUGCACCUGACCCCAAGGGUCGAGCUUCAGCUGUGCUUCAAUGCCUCCGAUGUGGCGCCUAUGGUCACCAAGCUGCACAAUGCCCACGACCUGCUAAGCACUCAGGUUCUACCUCUGCACCUGCAAGCCCUUCCAAAAAGCAGCACAUCGAGGGAAUGGCAGUCACUUGUCUUCCAAGUGAGCAUGGACAUGUGAUUUUUGAAGAUCUAGCAGGGUCACCAGGUCCUUUCCAUCGUUAUGUGGACCAUCUUCGACAACUUGGGUUUGAUGUAAAUGGAAUUGCAAUGACCAAGACGUCGCGCACUUUCCACUUUGGCGGCGACCAUUCCACCACGAGCCACUGGAUUGCUCGUAUGCCUGUCUUCAUCAACAACUCCUUUGGCUACGUUCAGGCCUUCAUCAUUGCUGGCGAGACUCCAAUGCUUCUUGGGCGUCCGAUCAUCGAGAGCCUUGGCAUUGUGAUCAACUUCAAGCGGCAACAAAUGAUGUUUGAGGGUCAUGACUGGCGACAAAUCAUUGUCGGACGGCAUGGUGAGUAUCUUCUCUCACUCACCGAGGAUUUUGAUGCAGAGCUGGCCUCACAACCUCCAAGUUUUGACCUCAAGCUGGACGAUCAGUCGCAGGCUUCAGAUGGUUCCACUUCACAGCCUUCACAGGUCUUGGACUUUCAGACCUAUCAACAACAAGAGAAGGUUUUUCUUGAUUCUGAUGCUCUUCAAUGCGUACCUGGUGAACGCAACGUCCUCAACAAGCACUGGAAGAUGUUUGAAAAUGCCCUGGUGACCGAGGAAAAACGAGUGCAUGCCACUGUUACUCGUGAACUCAACAACCCUGAAGUCAAACCUCGUGUCAUCUGGGAGGUUUAUGCUGGUAAGUCUCGAAUGAGCCAGAUUGCUGAGACUCUUGGAUGCCAUGUGGAAUCCUUCGGCUAUGAGACCGGUUGGGAUUUUGACUUGCCAUCCCACCGGAAGGUUUUCAUAAUGCGUUUGAACAUGGAAAUGCCAGAGGAGGUCUUUUUGGCUCCUCGCUGUGGACUUUGGAGUCGCAUGCAAGCAAUCAAUGCGACCACUCCUGAGAAGAAGGAAUCCCUCCAGCAGCAGCGAGAUGACCACCACAGGAAUCAUCUCAAAUUUGUCAAAGAGAUCUACCUCUCCCAAGUUCAUGGCGGUCGACAAGCCCACAUUGAACAGCCUCAUGGAGCACUUUCUUGGUUGACUUCUGCGCUGAAGAAUUUGCCGGGUCUCUAUGCCAUCUUCGAUCAAUGUUGCUAUGGUGCAUGUUGUUUGGACUCCGAUGGCAUUUGGAAACCUGUUCAGAAGACGACCGGCAUACUCUCCACCAAGAAGGCUCUUGUUGCUGCUUUGUGUCUUCGAUGUGACAAAAGCCAUGAGCAUUGCAGACUUGAAGGUCAAUUUCCGGGCAUUGGCAGAACCCGGACCAGCUAUAUGGAAGAUUACCAGCCUGGACUUGCUGCUUCCAUUGCUGCAGCCUUGACAGCUCCAGAGGAUCCAUGCCCCUGGGAUGAUGCGUAUGCGAUUGGAGAGGUCAAGGAAGUUCAAGGAAAAUUUGUCCAAUUGAUGACCAGCAGCCGUGCCGUGCCUCUGAAGCUGUUCUUCAAGCUGCCCGUCAAUUUCUAUGUCAUGCUUGCCUUAGGUAUCGAAAACCCAACUAAGUUGCGCCUGCAUCCACCAAAAGAUACCAAGUUUCAGAAAGCACACCUGGUCUCCAGCGAAAAGUCCCAGGACUACAUCAAUGCCCUUGAAAAGGGAUGGAUCAACCACUUUGGGCCACCUUCAAGACUUCUCACUGACGCCCUGGAAGCCUUCCUCACUGACUAUGGCAUUAAUGGCGCCAAGGUCGACACCGACAUGAAGCUGCGGAGAGCAUUGCUCAGAAAGUAUGCGGGCACCAACAUUCCUUUGAUGCCAGGACAGAAGUGCUUCUUUUGGAGAGAUGCCAGAGCACCUGAUUUGGUCAAAAUCAGAUGGAAGGGGCCAGCCACAGUUUUGAUGCGUGAAGAAGACGAAAGCGGCAAGCCGAAGAUCUACUGGCUCGCCUACAAGUCCCAACUCUUGCGAGCAGCUCCUCUCCAUGUGCGCCCAGAGAUCGGCAAACCCACCACCAAUAUGAUGGGCAACUUUGAAGAUGCCAAGGCGGUGAUCAGAAGUUUGAAAUCCCGCGGUGUAACACGAUUUGCAGAUCUCACCAUCCAGAACAAGCGCAACAUCUACGACAUCGACACCGAUGAAGAGGUCCUUGAUGAUGUGGACUCCGACUUGGAUGCUGGAGUUCCCGCUGCUCCCCCUGGACUUGAGGAGACAGCAGCUCAACCUGGACUUGAUGACUUUGCAGCCCAAAGAAGGCGUUUCCAACAACAGGAGACCAUUUCCUUUGGACCAUAUCGACAGCUACCAAAGAUCCCAACACCAUAUGAUCGACCUCCUGAAGAGCCACCUGAAGAAGCCAACAUGGCGUCCUUUGACAUUGACAUACGUUGUCAAGCCGUAUGCUUCUCAAAUGAACAAAGAACAGCGAUGGCACACCUCGUGCCAAAGCCAGACUUGUGGUGCGUGGAUAUGCUGACCAAGAUGCACUCAAUGGCGAACUUGACACCACAUCGCCUGCAUCUACCAGACUUGGCAGAGCACUGUUUUUGUCAAUAUCAGCUAGCCUUGGAUGGUGUGGCUGGUCGGCCGAUGUUAGCACGGCAUUUCUUCAGGGUUUGCCCCAAGAACGACGUCUUUGGGUACGACUUCCAGCUGAUGCACUCCGAAUUCUUGGAGGCGAGCACUUCCUUGUUGAGCGGCGAGAUGAGCACUGGACUUUCUUCAGCUUUUUUAGAAGCCAACAAACUCUUGCGUUUUUGCAAAACCAACAGCGAUGUUCGUUUGCGUUUUCCUCCGUUGGGCAAGUUGGAAGAUCUUCGUUUGAGCUGCAUAUUUGAUGCUGCCUUGGGAGUUCGUCAUGAUGGGUCUAGCCAAGGGGGUUUUAUAGUUCUUUUGACUCACAAGGACACCUUCAACGGCACAGAGAGCCCAUACCAUGUUUUGGACUGGAGUUUCGUUUACAUGGAACUCAGAUGUUUCAUAUAUGCCACUGCCGUGACCAUUUUCCUUUCAAUAUAUUUUCCAUAG